CCGGCUCAUUUCUCAGAUCUCAGCCACGGUCCACUAUGUCCACCCAACCGGCGUUUCCUAAAUCACCUAGUAAUGAUACCUUCGAUAUACCCAAACCGGUUCCAGCAAGUCCGACUGGAUUGGCUAACAUUCUCUUGACGGAUUCUAGAUGUUUUGCCAUCCUUUUUUUAUUCUUUGCGCUUUCCGUUCACACUGCACAUCUCUUCUCUAUUAUUGGCUUCUCUGACGAACGAGCUGCGCGCGCUGUGUUUGGCGCUGUCUUCAACGAGUGGGCCAAGGUUCUCAUGAAUGGACGGUACUCUGAGGAAACGGCGAAAAGUCUUACUCCGGACGUUAUGGGGCUAUCUAUGUCAUCCCGCCGACUGCCGGACAAGCUCUCCUCAUCCAUCGAUUUAUUGACCGACGACCAAGUCAAAGUGCUUAUCGAUGUAGCAGUAAGCCGCAACGAUGUGGUCGGGAUCAGACACAACCCAGGUAUCAGCUGGAUGCCUGCCACGGCACGGAGAAUCGCCCCAGACGCUGUCGCGAAGAAAUGCGAUCCUCACGGUCGAUGUCCAUCCGCAUUCCAAAGGUCCGGCGCACUCUUCCUAUGUACGAGAAAGAAUCAUUGUCAGGCUGUUAUUCGAUGUGGCUCGUGAUGGACUUCAUCGACGGCGAUGUAAUGGAGACGACAUGGCCACAGAUGAGCUGGUGGAAUCGCUUAUGGACUAUAUGGAAGCUGCG